AUGGAGCACUUGGCGACCUAUAGAGCUGCAACAGCGAGGGAAGAGAGAAGAGUUGCUAUAGAGCUGCAACAGCGAGGGAAGAGAAAAGAGUUGCUGCAACAUUGGAGGCUUUAUCGCAACGAGCACUUAGCGACCAAUGAGUUUCGGCCUAUGGAAGAAACAUUUAAAAACCUACACGGCAAGAGUUAUGUAUCCUACCCAAAUACUAGCGACUCCAUCACUGACUAUCCAAAGAAGUGCGUCUCCUCAGCGGAUACCGCCGUUUCCGCCACCACAACAGCGGCGAACAAGAGGUCUCUCAGAGGAAAUGGUAGCUCCGGUGGAACGAUGAGGUAUCGUGGUGUUCGCCGCAGGCCGUGGGGUCGUUAUGCUGCUGAGAUACGAGACCCGCAGUCCAAGGAACGGCGUUGGCUCGGGACCUUUGACACCGCCGAGGAGGCCGCUUGCGCCUACGACUGUGCAGCUCGAUCUAUGCGUGGGAUCAAGGCUCGAACCAAUUUCGUUUACCCGGCGACCGAGCCUCACUCAGCGAGCGACCAUCUCCUUCCACCUUUUACCUUUUCGAAGCAGUCACAGUCAUCCAUCAGGGAUAUUAACUGCAUCCGUCAUCAGUUUGGCCAAUCUUCUAACUGCCCAUCGUUUGCUAACUCACAUACCGGAGACUUCUCCGUUGGGUCUUCUGCUCAACGAAACCCUUCUUUGAACAUGGUUCUCUUCCGCAACCUCUUGAAUUCAUCCAAUUCAUCUCUCCACGAGCCAACUCCUCAGUCUCCGGCGGACCAUAUUCCAUUCGUCAACGGAAGUACUUCAUCUCUGCCUUUCACUUAUUCAGCUUAUUCAAGCGUUUUUCACGGUGGAUCUUUGUUGAAACCGGCUACCAACACUACUCUAAUGGCAACAGAUAGCGUAUCCGAUUCUUUCACAGGGUCUACCAUGACACUCCCUCUCAAGGAACCCAAUUCAAGUAAUGAAACUGUCGAUGAUACGGAAUUCUUCCCGCAGGGGCCUUCUGACUCCGGCUUGUUGCAUGAAAUAAUCCAAGGGUUCUUACCGAAGAAAUCAGGUGACCUUACAGUUAACUCAAACUGCACUCAGCAUUCAAAAGUCGUCCCUGUAAUCGAUGUGAAGAAGGAACAUUUAGAUUUUUAUGGCGAUUACAAUCAAGGGUUCACUCAGCAGUCGGAGAGUUUCAGUGGAUUCACUGUCUCCGAAACGAAGCCCUAUGCUUAUAAUGAUAUACCAAUGAAACACCUACAGGUAGGUCAAGACUGCUUGCUAGAUGAUAUCUUUCAGUACCAAGAUUUCAUGGGUUCCUUAGCAGCUAGGGUUCAAAAUGCUUGA